AUGGCACCCAAACGUAACAAUAUAAUUCCAAAUGCACAUUUCCAUAAGGACUGGCAAACACGAGUACGCACCUGGUUCAAUCAACCAGCGCGAAAAGAGCGUCGUCGUCAAAAUCGUGUUGUGAAAUCUCUCGCUUGUGCACCUCGUCCAGCGACUGGUCUACUAAGACCAAUCGUUCGUUGUCCAUCAAUUCGUUACAAUAAAAAGAUACGACUCGGUUAUGGUUUCACCUUAGAAGAACUGAAAGCAGUUGGUAUUGGUAGACGCGAGGCACGUACCAUUGGUAUCGCAGUGGAUUAUCGCCGAACCAAUAGAUCACUUGAAUCUUUGCAGCAAAACGUCCAACGCUUGAAAGAAUAUAAAUCGAAGUUGAUCUUAUUCCCGAAGAAGUUGAGCGCACCAAAGAAAGGAGACAGCCCGGCUGAUGAAUUGAAGUUGGCGACUCAAGUGCGCGGUAUACUUUUACCAGUGAAACAGUUGGUCCGUAAAGAGAAAGCACGUGCAGUGACGGAAGAUGAGAAGAAAUUCGAAGUGUACAGACAUCUACGUCGGGUACGUGCCGAUAAGCGACUGAAAGGAGCACGUGAAAAGAAAGCUCGUGAGGCAGCAGAAGAUGGAUUGGGCGGUGGUCGUCGUUGA